GUUCUUAUCAUAUCCCCAAAGAAAGAAAGAAACAUCCAGAAAGUAAACCCAUCAACAAAACCCAGAAACCGAGACCCCCUCUCUGUUCAAAAUCAAUGGCGAAGAAGGAGAUGGAAGUGGUGAAGGGCCUGGACUUGAAGAGAUACAUGGGGAGGUGGUACGAAAUAGCUUCAUUCCCAUCAAGGUUUCAGCCCAAGGAUGGGAUCAACACUAGGGCCACUUACAGCUUGAGGGACGAUGGCACUGUGAAUGUCCUGAAUGAGACUUGGAGUGGUGGCAAGAGAGGGUCCAUAGAGGGCACUGCCUAUAAGGCCGACCCGUCGAGUGAUGAGGCCAAGCUCAAGGUCAAGUUCUAUGUUCCUCCAUUCCUGCCCAUCAUCCCUGUGGUUGGGGAUUACUGGGUUUUGUAUCUUGAUCAAGAUUAUCGCUAUGCCCUCAUUGGCCAGCCCUCCAGGAAGUAUCUCUGGAUAUUAUGCAGAGAGAACCAUCUGGAUGAAGAGAUCUACAUGCAACUGGUUGAGAAAGCCAAAGAAGAGGGUUAUGAUGUGAGCAAGCUUCACAAGACACAGCACACUAAUCCCCCACCAGAAGGAGAUGAAGGUCCCAAGGAUACCAAGGGCAUUUGGUGGCUUAAAUCCAUUAUAGGCAAAUAGCCAUAAGUUUUCAUCUACGAGUACAUGGAAAUAAAGGUCCUCAAACCCUAGUAGCAUAAUCUAGAUCAAGGUUGUUUUAUUUGGAUGCCCUCUUUUUUUUUCUUCUCUCAUUAUUCUUGUACAGAAGGAGUGUGAAAGUGGGUUCUGAAGCAGUGUAUGGAUUGUGAAUGUAGCUUCCUUUGUCAUUAAGUUUGUGGGAUGUAUGAUUGGAAUUUGAAGUUUCUUCGA